UUUGCGCCCUGCAGUCAUGUUGCCUGCCGUGGUGAAGCUCAGCUGUGGUAUUACGUACCCUCUCUCCAGAGGCAUGGCAGGACUGCAGCGCACCACCAUCGCAGCAGUUGGACGUAAACUGGCUCACCACCAGACGGGCAUCCAGGCCGGCCAUCCUAGUUGGUGGCCGCGUGGCUUGCCAUGGCCAUGUCGGCCGGCGGCCCGUGAGGCGCCGCGUGGCCGAGGUGAGAGGCGGCCGAGCCUGCAGGAGGAGGAAGUGGCACUGGUGCAGCAGGGCCAGGAGGCGCUGAAGACUGCUCUCGCCAUCUUGGAGGACCAAAGUGGAUGGAAAACAGAGAUCUCCGAGGAGAAUGGCUUGAUUGUUUACAGCAAGGUUUUGCCGGGGGCGAAGAGAGUGUUUCGUCUGGAGGCAGAGUUGGACGCCAGCCCUGAGGAGUUGCACGACAUCCUGUUUGUCAAAGUGGAGGACAUGAGCUCAUGGAACCCCAGCAUCGGUCGCAUUAAAAUCCUGCGGCAGAUCAAUGCCGAAACCAUGGUGACACAUGAGGUGUCUGCCGAGACGGCAGGCAAUCUGAUUGGCCAGAGGGACUUUCUGAGUGUCAGGCACUGUAGCCGAGAGGAUUCGCGUAUUUGUCUGGCAGGAGCUGCCACUCAACUGGAAUCGCUGCCUCCUCAAAAUGGCUUUGUCAGGGCUGAAGACGGUCCGACGUGUAUCAUCCUGGAGGCUGCAGAUAGCGGGAGAGACAGGAGCCGCAUAACGUGGCUUCUCAACAUGGACGUGAAGGGCUGGCUGCCAAAGUCGAUUGUCAAUCAAGCGUUGCCACGAGCACAGGUGGACUUCACCAGAUACCUGCGCCAGCGUCUGGCCGAGGCGUCUGGCGUGACGGCACCUCGGCAGGAGCGGCGGCGCAGUGUCAAUGUUGAGCUCGGAGACGAGUGGCACUUUGGAACGGCGGGCAGAAUUGGAGCAGCGCUGUAGCACUUCCUCCCCCCUGGGGAGACCUCCUUCGAAAAAAACAUCCCCUCGCCUCUCUACCCAGUGGCACUGCAGGCGGGGACGCCCCACUCCGCUGGGAUGCCACACACUGCAAAAUGGCACCUGUCAUAUCAGGACUAACCUCCUAAUGCCAGCCGUCUGUGGGAGCCCCCUGCCUUCUGAAUGCCAGCGCCCUAUAGGGGUGCCAUCAGCACGGCUCCAACUCCAACCUUGCGUUGAGCUAUUUUCUACACUCAUAAUGGGGUUUCAGAGUCUGCCUGACUUGCCUGCUUUAUAUAUUUGACUAGACAGGUACAGUGUAGACCCAGUCUGUAUUUUGAACAAUAACAGGGGCCGGGCACUCACAGUCUGAGAUCACAAUGAAUGGCUUGCACCCACGUAUUGAAACCUGUCUGAUAAAGCGUGUGCUUCAAAGCACUGUGCAGCUAUGCACCGCACUAACCAACUAGCACAUGGGGCAUUACAAAUAGUAGGACAGUAAUGAUACUGUAGAACACUUUAAAGUGAAUGUGUAAUAUAUGGCUAACAACAUAUAGAACACUGGGACUAAAAUCUGCCUCUGAAGCCCAAUAUGGGGGUAGAGAGUUUAAAUAUUUAAUAAAGAAAUUAAGGGUAAAA